UGUACCAUAAUCAUCACCUUCAUCAUUGAUAAAAUCCAAUCUGCAGCUUUACCUUUUUUUUUCACAUCGAUUUUCAGUGUGUGCCAUUUAUUUUCGAAUGCCUGAUUAAAUUUUUUGUAUUUCAAACAAAAAAAAAACAAUCAUGGCAGCUAUUUCGAGUCAAUUUUUUAGGAAAAAUAACUGUAAAUCAAAAUGUGUAUAUUUGAAUAGUUCCGGUGAUAUACAACAACAUGAACAACAACAAUUUUGUUUUCAUCGACAUAAAAGGCGGAAACAAAUGAUUCGUAUCGAUUUAUCGAUACAAAAUCAAUCAAAAAUGAUAAUUGAUAAGAAUGAUUAUUAUAAAUGUCAUUAUCAAUCUAGUCAUUCUUUCAAUCAAUUAAGGCAACUAUUUUUUGUAAUUUUUUUGAUAACUUUUUAUUUUAUAAUCAAUAUGGCUGAUGCUAAUUUUGUUCCACCUGUUGAUGAUUUACAAGUACAAGUAUUAAGUGGUAAACAAAUUGAAUUAGAAUGGAAAACAUCCGAUAUAAUGACCGAUUCUAAUAUUGAUGGUUAUAAAGUAACUGUAGUACCAAAAGAACCAAUGGCUGAACAUGAUUUUCGUCCUUAUCAAUUGGAUGUAUCCAUAAAUGAUCGUUUACCUUUAUCCAUACGUAAUCUUACUGCCGGUGGUACUUAUGAAAUUUCCGUAUCUGUCAUAUCAAACGGACGUCAAUCUCGCAAUGAAUCGGUUACGUUUACAACUAAACCGAAUACACCCGGUCGUUUUAUUGUUUGGUUUCGUAAUGAAACUACUUUGUUAGUUCUUUGGCAACCACCAUAUCCUUCCGGUAUAUUUGAUCAAUACAAAGUAUCGAUAUUUCCACAAGAUGCUCAUCAAUCGAUACUGUUUGUGAAAAAAGAAUCCGAUCCACCUGGUCCGGUACAAACAUCUUUUGAUGGUUUAAUACCUGGACGAAUCUACAACAUAACAGUACAAACCGUUAGUCGAAAUCAAAUUUCCGAUCCAACAGAAGCUCAAUAUCGUACAGUUCCAUUAUCACCGUCCAAUCUUUCAUUCAAUCGUGCUACUGUAACAUCAUCUUCAUUUGAUGUUAUUUGGGAUCCACCUGUUGGCGAAUGUGAAUUUGAUCGUUAUCAAAUAUCGAUCGGCUUAAAAAAUGUAUCACCUAAAAUGGUAUUCAAAGAUGAUCCUCGAAUUGUUCGUUUUUCGGACGAAGGAUUACAGCCAGGUGAAACCUAUGAAGUUACCGUUAAGACAGUAUCUGGUAAUGUGAUUUCAUCGGCUAUUGCAACCAAUAUAACAACACGACCAUUACCUGUACUGGAUUUAAAAUCUGAUCCGGAUAAAUAUUCGGGAAUUCAUCUUUCUUGGCGUCCUGAUAAUCAUUCUCGUCAGGAUUCGUUCAUAAUUACCUAUCAUGAAUUGGAUGCAUUCAAUUCGGAUGCUGCCAUUGAAGUUACUAAAGAUACUUAUGUACAUUUAUCCAAUUUAUUAGCCGGUCGUAAUUAUUCAAUUUCAGUUGCAGCUAUAUCAAAUAAUGUAUAUUCAGAUUAUGUGGUAAUAUCACAACCAACCAAACCAGCAUCACCAGUAAUUGGUGUACUUGAACCUAUUUCUGGUCGUACAUUGAACAUUAGUUGGAAAUGGGAUGUAACAAGUAAACAAGAUUCUUACAAAAUAAUUUGGAUACGAAACGAUACAAAAGAGAAAAAAGAACGUAUUGUACGAUCAAAUUGGGCCGUACUUGAAGAUCUUUAUCCUGGUGCCAUUUAUGAAAUAUCUGUCUAUGCUAUUAGCCAUGGAUUGAUUAGUGAUCCACAUUCAUAUUUUCAGACAAUAUUUCCUCGUCCACCUGAAACAUUGCACGUAGCUCAACAUUCAAAUUCAUCGAUGAUGUUAUCGUGGUCUGCACCUACUGAUUCAUUAGUCGAUCAUUAUAUUGCUCGAUAUCGUCCAACCAGACAAACUGUUUGGCGAGAUUUAGGCAUUGUCAAUACAACAUCAAUGGAGAUUAAAAAUUUAGUUGCCGGUGAAAUGUACACUGUACGUGUUUCAUCCGUUUCGAAUCGUGCUGAAAGUCCAGAUAUACGUGAAUUAGAACAAACUAUGUUUCCAAAUUCGAUUGCUAGCAUAAAAACGACAAUCGAUUCACAUAAUAUCACUUUUCAAUGGUUAGCACCAGAAGGUGUUAUUGAUUAUUUUAGCAUAAUUUAUAAUCCAGUUAAUCAACCUAAACUACAAGAAUCAAGACGUAUUAAUUAUUAUAAUGGUACAAGACCAGGUGAUUUGAUCACAGUAUUCAUUCAGGAUCUAAAACCAGGUGAAGAAUAUUCAUUUCGUUUUUAUGUAAUAAGUUUUAAACUUCGUUCCGAAGGAAUCGGUGUACAAGUACGAACAAUUCCGGUUAUCGAUUCAGUCAUCAAUGUAAUUGUUGGUGAACAUGAAACAAAAACAUUGGGCAUUAAAUAUACACCUACACCAUUAAGAAACGUGAUUUUUGAUCGUUAUCGUUUUCAAUUAUCUGGCACAACAAUACCAUCACAAGAAAAACAAUGGAAUGAUACAAAUCGUUUUGUUUUGUUUGAUAAUCUAAUUCCUGGUCGUUUAUAUAAUCUUUCCAUUUGGACGAUAAGUGGUCAAACAUUAUCCGUACCUAUUCAACGUCAAGCACGACUUUAUCCGGAACCGAUCCGAAAUAUUAAUGGUUUAUCAAUCACUGAUUCAGAAAUGACAUUAAGUUGGGAUGUACCUUAUGGUGAUAAAGAUGGUUACGAAGUACAAUAUUUUGAUCCACAUGAAAAAACACUUGUAGUCAACGUUACAUUAAUCGAAAAGAUUGAAUAUAGAAAUCUAAAACCACAUAAUAAUUAUACAUUUAUUGUGACUACAUUAUCAGGAUAUGGUACAUCGACAAUGUUACGUUCAACGCCUGUAUCUCAAACAUUUUUAACACUUGAAUCAGUACCAGGAAAAGUAUCCUAUUUUCAAUCAGUCGAUGUUAAACCAAAUGAAAUAACAUUACAAUGGUCAUUACCACAAUCCGAAAUGAAUGGUAUUCUAACUGGUUAUAAAAUUGUCUAUUGGAUUAAAUCAACAAUUGCAACAAUAACUAAACAUCAAUUAUUUGAACCAUAUGAAACCCAAGGUACUAUCUAUAAUCUAUUACCCGGAAAAACAUAUGUAUUUCAAAUACAAGCUCAUACUAAAGUUGGACCUGGCCAUAAAGCUGUAUGGGAAGAAACGAUGCCCGUUUGGUCGGCACCACCACCGGCUGAUACUGUUUUUCCUACUGAAGUAGGACAUACUACAAGAACAAUACGAAUUAGAUUUCGAAAAAAUUAUUUCUCCAAUAUGUAUGGUUCAAUACAAUCAUAUGCAAUUAUCGUUGCCGAAGAUGAUACAGUCAAUUCUAAUGUAUUAGAUUUACCAUCAUGGUUCGAUAUACAAGAUUAUGGUGUAUGGCCACCUUAUCAAACAACCGAUCCAUUUUAUCCAUUUAAUAAUUCACAAAUCGAAGAUUUUGUUAUUGGUGCUGAACAAUGUGAUAUUAAACAACAUUUACGACAUUCAACUUCGAUUCGAGGUGGUUCACCUAAAUACUGUAACGGGCCAUUGAAACCGGGUUCUACAUACAAAAUUAAAAUACGAGCAUUUACAACAGGUGAAAAAUUUACUGAUACCGUAUAUUCAUAUGCAAUGUCUACUGAUCCAGAUCAUACAGCACUUUACCUAUCAAUAUUGGCUCCAUUUAUAUUCCUUAUUCUAUUGAUACUAUUGGUCGUCUAUUUACGUCGUAAUCGAUUAGGUCCAUUUAAAGAUGGUGGUAAAUUUAUACAUCAACAUCAACAUCAUCACAUGUCUACAAUCGGACCAAAUGGUAUGCCAAUAAUGUUAAAAGAUGGUACAGGACUUGGUGGUGUCAAUGUAAUGGGCACCGUAACGGGAAGUACUGUUGGUGAUAAUUUGUCGAUUGUUGAAGGCGAAAUCAUUACUAAUCGACCAAUCAAAUUUAAAGAUUUUUCCGAUCAUUUUCGAUUAAUGUCAGCCGAUUCAGAUUUUCGUUUUAGUGAAGAAUUUGAAUUAUUAAAACAUGUUGGCCGUGAUCGACCAUGUAAUGCAGCUGAUUUGCCUGUUAAUCGUCCGAAAAAUCGUUUUACAAACAUUUUACCUUAUGAUCAUUCUCGGGUUAAAUUAUUGCCCACUGAUGAUGAAGAAGGAUCUGAUUAUAUUAAUGCUAAUUAUAUACCUGGACAUAAUUCACCAAGAGAAUUUAUUGUCACACAAGGUCCAUUACAUUCAACUCGUGAUGAUUUUUGGCGUAUGGUUUGGGAACAAAAUUCUCGUGCAAUUGUAAUGCUUACAAGAUGUAUUGAAAAAGGUAGAGAAAAAUGUGAUCGUUAUUGGCCAUAUGAUACACAGCCAGUAUUCUAUGGUAAUAUACAAGUUACCAUUCUAAAUGAAACUCAAUAUCAAGAUUGGACAAUUUCUGAAUUUAAAGUGAUGAGGGGUGAUCAAUAUCGUAUUGUUAGACAUUUUCAUUUUACAACAUGGCCGGAUUUUGGUGUACCAGAACCACCAAAUACAUUAGUUAAAUUUGUACGAUCAUUUCGUGAACGAAUAACUACCGACAAUAAUAAACCAAUAGUUGUACAUUGUUCGGCAGGUGUUGGAAGAUCUGGUACAUUUAUUGCAUUGGAUCGAAUUCUUCAACACAUUAAAAAAUAUGAUACGGUCGAUAUAUUUGGUAUUGUACAUGAAAUGCGUAAAGAACGUGUAUGGAUGGUUCAAAAUGAGCAACAAUAUAUCUGUAUUCAUGAAUGUUUGAUGAGUGUAUUGGAAGGAAAAGAAGAAUUAAUCGAAAUGCAUGAAAAUGCUGGAUAUGAAGACGAUGAAGCAAUGGCUGAAUCUGGUAUUUAAUGGAGCAA